AGCCACAGAGAAGACAGCGGGCCAAGCCAUGACAUGGGAUGGAGUUAGUAAUGGGCUUGGGCUUGUGGGAGCGGCUGGGCUAUAAAGGAAGCAGCAGCGAACGACAACGGCAGCGAAUGAAUGAAUCGUAUUCAACCUUCUCAUCCUCUGCUCUCAUUCCUCUCCCCCGGCUUCUACUAUAUCUCAUCUCCUCUUUGCUGAUUUCUCAUCCCAAAUUCCCUUGUAUCCUCUGAAUCUAUACCGAAUAUGGGUGUUGAUUUAUCCAUCUGUUCGAUCUCUGUACUGAGGUCGUGACAAUUUGGUAAUCAGAGCCCCAAAAUUUCCUCCAAAUUUUGCUCCUAUUGUGUGUUCCUCAACUCUCUCGGCUAGAUUCGUAACAUCCAUUGCCUUGGGUGCGAUUUGCUUCGGUGAAUCGCAUAAAAUCCCUGGGCUAGGUUGGAUCGGCUUGGAGUGGAGCAACAACAACAUCCAAACCCUCAGCGUAGAGACAAGAAAACAAUCACCACCCACUUCCUGCCUACCAGGUGUUCGACAAAAUGUCCAGCCAGCAAGAGGUGUUCACUGUCGGCGUUCUCCACGUCACUGUUCACCAUGUGUACUACCCCGUCAGUGAGGAGACGUUGCAUCAGGUGUUUACAAUGUAUGGCGUGGUGAACAUCUCUAUGUUCCAGAGAAUCCACCAUGUCGAGGCGGUGGUUCAACUCCGAUCAAGAAGCGAGGCAGCACGGGCUCUCGCCAUGCAUGGCCGGUGCAUAUACGAGCGCUCCUGCCUCCUCGACAUCCAGGACGUGUCGCCGGAGUACAACCUGCACUUGUGCUCACUGCUCGAACAGAAGCAGACCACAACUAUGGCCGAGUACACAACGACGUUCUUGGAAUGCGUACAACGCGUACUGGAUAUCAACCCCAACCUGAGCAUCAAGAGCUUCAUCCACCAGUACAUCCUGGGCUUGCGGGGAGAUAUCCAAGAUGUUGUGCGGUUGCGAUCUCCGUCAAGCAUCACCGGUGCUUCGUCCCUUGCACGGAUAAGAGAGGAUGAGAUCGCUGAGGAGGUGGCCAUGGCUGCAGAGAAACCUGACGAUGACCGUAGAGUUCACGUCCUCAUGCCUACGGUGAUAGUCGCGGAUGUCUUCCCCGAGCUGGCUGCCCCAACAGAGUGCGGUGCAGACCAUGGUGUCAUUUCCAUUGACAGCAGCAGCCUUGCUGCAACGACGUCGGUCACAUGUUCGAUGGAGUGCUCGAGUCAUGACGCCACCUUCGACAUCUUCCUUGAGCCCACAGCCCCUACUAUGUGUGAAGGGACCCUCGACAUCGAAGCCAUCAGUGUUGUUGCACCAAUGCCCAUGGCAGGCUCGACCAGUGGUCUGGCAUGUGCUGAUGUCAACAUUCCGGUGGUCGCACCCCUGAUUCUGGGAAAUGUGACCCCAUCGUCUGCAUCUCCUCCAGAGGUUCCACCAACCUCACUGCAGUGGCCAUUUUCCAUCCUUGAACAGGACACCAUGGCGUCGAUAAGAUGUUUGACCCUCUACUUAGACCACAUUGGUGUGUUGACCCCCAUGUACAUACUGGAUGAGAGUGUGAAAAUCAAACAACAAGGACAAGUGUCACGACCAAUGCCAUGGCCUUCGUUCAAAUGUCGUUCGGAACUAGCCAAUCCUCAAGAUCCAUGGACAACAACUCAAGGUAUAUUUGGGAAACUAUCUACAGAUCAGCCAUAUGAGGAUCUCAAAUGUUGUGUUGCCCGUUUGGCCUUGCUUUGUACUAGCUCAUCUGAUGGGAAUUAUUUACAAGUAAUUGCUGCACUGAGAAGUCUCUUAUUUGAGUUCUAUAAUAUUGGGGAGGCUUGGGGUCAUUGGCACUAUGCAUAUAUGCAACAGUGCCGUUCAUCUCAACCAGCAUGUUAUUUGGAGUGCAUGAGGGCUGGUGAUGCUAUAUUGAACAUGGAAUUGACAGCCCAAGUUUUAUUCAAUGCAAUUCCAAUGGAAUUUGUGAGUAAGCAUACUAACGGAGUCUGCGAUUUCUUAAGAGCUUUUGACCAAGAGGAGGAGCUUAAUUCCAUUUCUGAACCGAGCGAACAAGCUACAAGGCUGUGUUAUGUUGAACUGACAUCUUCGGCUUAUUCUUCAUUACAUUUCAUCAAGCCUUGCUGUUUUGGACUAGGUAUGCAGGGGUACAGUGCCAAUGGAAGGCUGUCACCUGACGUGUCAUUUUCUACUACCAACAUAAUGCUUCUUCCAUGAGAUACAUUUCAGUUGCAAUCUUGGGCACCACCUUCUGAUGGUAUAGUGGUAAUAGUGGAGUACAAACCAUGGCCAUUGUGGGAAAUCAUUGAUGGUUGUGAGAGCAUUAAUUUCCAUGAGGCUAUGCCUUGUUUUCUGAUGAUAUUUCUAGUGGGUGGACAUCUCUGCACCGAACAAUAUGCUUGUGGUAUCUUGAGUGAAUCUAUCAUAGAGAAGAAGUGAUUUUGUAUUUGUGCAGCAGGUAGUCGAGCCAUGAGAUUAUGUAGAGCUGACAUGGAACCUUUUAGCCAAGCCUACUGUCUUGUUAUUAUGUUUUCACACCUCACACUACAGGACAAGGACACUGACAAUAUUCUCAAUCCUUCUUGUGACGCUGGCUACAACACGGGUUUCACUGAUGUGUUCAUUUGGUUAAAUGUCAGAGUGUUUCUUGCUAUGAUUUGGCUCGGCGUCAGUGGAAAGUUGCAGCGAUGUUCCAUCAAUGCUAUGUUAUUUGGGGCAACAGGCUCGUACUGUCACAAUUUGCCACAGCAGGUGCACCCAACAAUAGCUUCUUGGUCAAAUUUAUGAACCAUUUUAUAUACUGUGUUGAGUUGCCGUUUGAACCUGGAGAUCAUAGGUUAUUGUUGGUUCUUCUUGCCAUUUGCGGCGCAUUCGUUGGAUAUAUUCAUCUGCAUGAGCAUAGAGGAACAUUGACAUAUCAUUUGCCUUGGUGGUAUACGACAUCGCAACUAAUACCGGAAGUUAUGCAAGUAAAAUGGUGUUUCUAUUGGGCUAGAUGUUUCCUCAGAAUUAUGGAAGAGAUUACUCUUAACAGACUAUGGGGUUUACAGAGGAAAGAUAUGCGAAGGAGGGCUACAACUGAUAAGAACGUAUGCAGAGAUGUCGGUUACCAUAUUCUUGUUGGAGCUGACAUUCUGAGUGAUGAACAUUAUUCAACUAUCAAAAAGCGUUAUACAUGUUGGCAGAAUCCAAUCCCCAAUUGGAUGCUCACGGACUGGCAUAUGCUUGAGAUAAAUACCAACAAUAAUGUCGUUCUAGCAGUUUCAGAUGAGAACCAUACACCGUGGAGGUUCGCAGUUGUCCAUUAUACUCUGCUCGUACCUCAUUCCAUUGUUGCUCAUGGAGGGACUGUAUUACAUACCCAGCACUUGGGUCACCCAGCUCGCACGGAUUGUUCAACAUAUAUAUGUGCAACAUGUCAGCAUCUUGGUACACGCAUCCCACUAAGCAUGCUGUUGUGCUAAUGCUCUUGUGUGUCUGUACAUGAUUUGGAGCUAUUCUUCAUCAUCAGUCCAUUCUUUGUUCACAUGGUCAACCUGAAGGACGGAAUAGAUAGUCAGAGUUCUCCAUCAGAUAUGGCAUUGUUAUCUACGCAGCUGAAGUGUGAUGGAACUAUUACCUAGAGUUGUUCGCAUCACAAGUUUCAGGUUGCCUGGACAAACUUUUCUUUGGAACAUUGAGCUGGUCAACUUGUCGAACGAGUACCAGAGCGACACCCUCCAUGUGAUCCAGGUCGGCUUGCGGUCAACCGAUUCUCAAGGGGGGAAGAAUGUCAUGACCUUAGCUACAGAGAAGACAGCGGGCCAAGCCAUGACAUGGGAUGGAGUUAGUAAUGGGCUUGGGCUUGUGGGAGCGGCUGGGCUAUAAAGGAAGCAGCAGCGAACGACAACGGCAGCGAAUGAAUGAAUCGUCUUCAACCUUCUCGUCCUCUGCUCUCAUUCCUCUCCCCCGGCUUCUACUAUAUCUCAUCUCCUCUUUGCUGAUUUCUCAUCCCAAAUUCCCUUGUAUCCUCUGAAUCUAUACCGAAUAGGGUGUUGAUUUAUCUAUCUGUUCGAUCUCUGUACUGGGGUCGUGACAGUCCCAUGUUGUUAUCCAUCAUCAGCAACCGGUUUGACUUUGGCGCCACGUCCACUAUGUUGUAUAUUCAAGAACGAAUGCUCAUAUUUAUCAAAAAAGCGAUGUUCAAUUA